CCGCCUCCUCACGCUGACACUUCCGUGGUCGUCUCCGCUGGCUGUUAGUGAUCUGACCUCCUCACCGUCUCCUCCGCGCCCUGACCUCUCUUCUCCUCCGCUCUCUGUCUCCUCUCCGCAGACACUCCCCGCCCCCCCCCACGACUACAAUGGCUAUUUAAAGGCGUGCGGCGGCUAUUUUUGCAGCGGCAUCAACCCGGCAGUGCAGCGGCGAAGUGCACCGGCAUUUUGGCAAAAUGGCGUCUCUCUCGGCAACCACCCUCAGCUUUGCUGCCGUCGACAGCAGGACCGAACCCCUCGACUUAUUAACGUCGCCGGACUCACCUUUGAUUUUAAUCACCCAUUCACGGCUACCACUGACCAGCAGCAGCCAUGACACUUUCGCAGUUGGCCUUGGAGGACGUGGGGGCCCUGUACUUAGAACCCUCGUUUCUGAUGGCUGACCACAUGGGGCCCCUUCUGGACCAAGAUGAAGAAGAAGCUCUUUCUCCCUCCUCCUCUCUAGAGGGGAAGGCACCAGCUUCUCCCCCCCUCUCUUUCUCCUCCUAUGCAUCUUCCCUGUCUCCAUAUCAGACAUUAUCAUCCUCUCCACCCCCCUCUCCUCCUCCUGCCCAUCCCUCCUCGUUUCUGGGAACCAAGGCCGGAGUAGACUCCCUCCCCUGGCUGAGUGCCGACUGCCUGCUCGACACCCACAUCAGAGCAGACGAUGGCAAAGAUGAUGCCUUUGCAGGCAUGGAGUGGAUGACAGAGAAAAUUGACCUGAGUGAGUUUGACCUGGAUUCCCUCAUUGGCGUCUGCUCAUCGGAUGAUUCUCCCAGUUCUCCUGAGGAUCUCCUGGCCUCUCUUGACUCCCAGAUGGAUCUGGAUCUCGACUCCUACGACUCAGGCGUCCCUGACUCUCCUGAGAGCCUGGAGCUCACCCUGUCAUUGAGCGGUAUCCCUGCCCUCCCUCUGGAGCUCCCUGCUCCUGUGGAAGCUGAGGCCAAGAAGAUGGAGGUGACCCCUGAUCAGGUUGUUAUGAAGUCUGAGCCCCCCUCUCCGCCUCCUGCCUCUCCAGCAUUCACAUUCGAGCUAAGUGAAGUUGACGAGCUGGACAAAACAGCCACAACUGUCAGCGCCACCAUCAUCCAGGAUCCAAGUGGAAGCAUUCGGGCCACCAGCCCCAUAAUGGAAUCCUUCCCCAACCCUGGUCACUUGUUGGUGGUCGCCAAUAAAGAAGAGCCUGCCCUCGACUCUGUCCCUGAGCCAUCGGUUAAAUCCCCUUCUCCAACAAACGACUGUGAUGUCGACUCUGGAAUCGACUCACUUGCCGGCUCACCGCCUCGUCUCCCCUCUCCUCCUCCCACCCCCUCCUCUACAACCGGUUCCUCCAGGACAAAGCCCUACUCCAGGCCAGAGCCCACCGCCUCUUCCUCCCCCUCGGCUAAGGUCUCCAAGGUGAAGUCGGUGUCCGGCGCUCCCAAGGUGGUUGAGAAGAAACUGAAGAAGAUGGAGCAGAACAAGACGGCAGCCACUCGCUACCGGCAGAAGAAGCGGGUGGAACAUGAGCUGUUGUCCAGCGAGUGCGAUGACCUGGAGAAAAGAAACAAAGAGUUGGAGGAGAAGGCAGAGUCUAUAAGCCGUGAGAUUCAGUAUCUCAAAGAUCUGAUGGAGGAAGUUCGCAAGCGCCGCAACAAGAGCAGCUCUGCUGCGUAAACGAGGCUUUAUCUGUGGUUCAGUCUCGCUGUGGCGAUUAAAGAGAUUAAAAGAAAGCGGCAUGUGAGAGUAGACGAAACUUGCGGCUGAAUGAGAAGUUUAGAUCCUGUGGAGGUUGAUAAUUGUAGAGCAGGGGGCUGGGGGUCGUCUGGUGAAGCAUCUGUACAUGCUUGUCUCUCAGUCCCCUGUUUGAUCCCCACACAUGCUCCUGUCCCACCACCAGACAGUGUGUGUGUGUCUUUGUAGACCAGGCAUGCAGAGGCGUCAGUCCGUAGAGCACCGUAGUGUUGUAGACUUGUGUCCGAUUGAUGAGAGAUUCCUCGCACCAGUUGCUAGAACUGAAAUUCUUAGCUUCAAUAAAAUGACUCCAUGUUACCCACCCCUUUUUAAUUCCCAGCGUCCCCCUGUUUUCUGACCUUCUUCUUAAUAACUUCAAGUCCAGAAAGGGGCCUCGAGCCAAUCUAUGAAUUCCUGAUGUUAAACGAUCAAUAUGUUUUCUUUUUCUUUCUGUAUAUAGUUUUCUCUUCUGCUCGCUGAAAGUGGCUUUUGUUAUUUAAGGAUAAAACCUGAUCAUAUCUCAAGUAGCUCCGUCUGUUUUUGCAGGUGUUUGGUUUUGUAAAAAUGCAUUGCUCUUUUUUUUUUUUCUAAUAAAUCUCUAUCUGUACGCAAGUGA